GCCGCCGUUCGGAAGGCCGUUGAAGGCGGCCGCCGCCGGCCCCAGGGCGGGCUCGGGUUCGGCCGCCGCGGCGUCGCCGGUCAGGGUCAGGCUCUCCCCGCUCAGCUCCGCUACCACUCGGACCCAGCGCUCCCUCAGGAGCAGCUCCACCAGCCCCGCUUUGGUGGCCCGCGUCCACACCGCCAUGGCCGGCCCCGCUCCCGCCGCCGCAGUCGCCGCAGCUACCCUCAUUCCAGUCAGACAGCCUCGGCGCUUCCCCCUUCCCGCCCGAGGGGGCGGGCCCCGCCACUCCCCCACGGCGAUUUAUUAUUCAUGAGGGCCACGCCCACCUUCCGGAGGGGCGGGGAGAGGCCGGCGCGGCCGCUUCCGGGAGGGGAAGAAGUUGUCCGGUCUCUCGCCGCACACCGGACGUGGGUAGCUCCAGCUCGGCAGGGCUCCCCUUUAACAUUAUCGCCCGGCUGGUGCCCCGCUGGUUCCCGAACGGGUCCCCAGACCCCGGACCUCUACUAUGGGCCCGGGAAGCAAAAGCAACAUGGAAAAAUACUUCCUCUCAAAAUGAUUGGAUGCUGCCUGCCCAUGUUGGUGAGAGAAAUCUUUACUCAGUCUACCAUCCAAAUGCUCAUCUUUCUUGGGCCAGGGAUAUAGCUCAGUGGCACAAGCGCCUG